AUGCUAGUUAAUAUAUAAAAUUUUAAAGAAGAAUAUGAAGAAUCUAAUAUUAGAAUAAAAUAAUUUAGUUAUGAAAUUUUAGAAUCAAUACCCAUAUUUAAAUUGUAAUGCAACUCAUUAGCAUUUGAUAAUUCAUCAACUUUAAUUAUCGCUGGUUUUAAGCAUAUUCUUAAGAUAUUUACAUUUAAUAGUGAAAAAUUGGCAUUAAUUCCUUUUUAAAAUAUUUAUAAUUCAACAAUAACAUGUUUAGAGGGUUUAAAAUAAUAUAAUUUAUUUUUCUUUGCAUUUUCAAGUGGUUAAUUUUAAUUAUCUAGUAAUGUAGGUCUUAAUAAUGGAAAAUAUAUUUAAAAAUUAAAAAAUCAUUCAUAUCCAAUCUAUUACUUAAAAUAAAGCAACAAUUCAGAAUCUAUUAUAUCAUGUGAUGAUUGGAAAGUUUCGUUUUGGAUAAAAAGGGAUUUAUGGUAAUAAAUAUAUAUUUAUACAAAUAAUACAAGAAUUUGUGCAAUAAGCUUUAAUGAAAUAGGAGAUAAACUAAUUUUAUCAGAUUAUAACAAGAAUAUAUUCACAUUUAUAAAAAGGGGAAUAUAAUGGAUAAAGCUCUAAAGUAUUUCAUUAGGAACAAGAGGCUAAGGAAUAUGCUUUAUUGGAAAUCAAUCUUUUAUAGUUUAGCCAGAAUUUAAAACAUUAUAUUUGUACAAAUUUAUUGAUGAAAAAUAAGGCUUCAUAAAACAAAGGGAACUAAAAAUUAAAACUUAUGGCAACUGGGGAUCUAGAAAAUUCAAACAAACAUUCAUUUAAGAUAAGAAGAUACUUAUAAAUAAGGAUGAAACAUCAUUAAAUUUUCUUUAAAUAUCAGAUCAACUAGGAGUGGUGAAUGAAUUUUAGAUCUAAUUUUAUGAUUCCUCUGCAUAAAGCACUCUAAAUAAAAAUGGAUCAUAUUUAAUUACAUGGGAUAAUUAUACAAAAUGCUUAAAAAUGUAUAAGUACUAAAACUGA